ACUCCUCAGUCCCUCGUAGGUCGGCGCUCCUGCACCUCCAUCUUCCGAACCCAGACUCUCCUUAAGGCUUCCACCAUGCCAGGCGAAUUAAAAACAGUGCUGAGGUUUAAGAAGCUGACAGAACAUGCCUUUACGCCCUCGAAGGGCUCGAAAUUUGCUGCUGGUUUCGACUUGUGCAGUGCUUAUGACUUGGUGAUUCCAUCCCUUGGAAAGGCUCUCAUCAAGACAGACAUUCAGGUGGAGCUUCCAGAAGGAUGUUACGGCAGAAUUGCACCAAGGUCUGGUCUGUCGUGGAAGCAUCACCUAGAUGUCGGGGCUGGUGUGAUAGACCGAGACUACAGAGGCAAUGUUGGUGUAGUCCUAUUUAAUCAUGCCAAAACUGAUUAUGAGGUGAAGAAGGGAGAUCGUGUUGCUCAACUGAUCUGUGAAAAAAUCAUAUAUCCAGAAAUUGAAGAAGUUCAGGAAUUGAUGGAGACUGAGCGUGGUGAGGGUGGCUUUGGUUCUACAGGCAAUCAGUAGAAGCUAACAGGAGAAAAAAUGAAUUUUAAUAUUAUAUUUGUUUUAAUAAAAAUGUCCGUUA